AAAAUAUUGAAGAUCUAAUACAUGAGUUCACCAGUGUGUUACCUGAUGUCAUUCAACGACUUGCCGACGAUGGAUCUAUACGCACAAUACUUAAUAACUCAUUUCCAUUGCACAACAUUGCAUAUAGGUGUUUUCUUGACGGCGUGGACUGGAUGGGAUGCGAUAUGAAUACCCAAUUCCGAUACAAGGACCCUACCACUGUACGAUUCUGGCGAAUUGGGUAUCGCUUAUUCAAAGGAAAAUUUCUUCGGUAUAUGAAUGGCGUGAAUGAUCGUAGUGAUGGAAUAUCAAACUUCAUUAUUCAAACGAAGGAUAUUCUCAAUAUGAAUAGUGCGAUAAAGGACGAAUUUUUGCCUGGUAUAAAUGUGCAAGCAAUUGGUGAUAUCGCUGAGAAGGAUAUUGGUUCUAUGAAGACAAGGAAAAUAGUGGUAAUUCACAUGUUUUCUCAUAUAAUUUAAUCUAAAUUAGAUUGAUUUUUGUGUCAGAAAAUCACAAAUGACCGCAUUAGAUUAAACAUAUUGUAUCAUCUUAUUUGUUGUUUCGCUGCAAGAAGAUGCUUACCCAAAUGCUUAAGAUAUAUUCUUUUGAUGAAUAUUGUGUUCAUUUGGAUUGGCUACUCUGGAGUUUCCAUUCUCUAGUUUCAUAUAAUAAAUAUGUUGUUGAAUUAUGUAUUAAACAUCAACCUGCAAAUGAAUAAUAUUUUGUAUGUGUACAUUUUGUAUUAUA